CCGCCCACAAUGUCAGCGCUGGGGCUGCAGAGCCGCGAAAGAUCACCCAAUUGCUCGGAGAGGUAAUCGCUCAUCCCGACUACUCCUACGACGAGAAAACGGGAAAUCGCCUGAACGACAUCGCCCUCAUAAAACUGCGUGAACCGCUGGACAUUGAGAACAACCCCGACUUAGGACUAAUUUGCGUGCCCGACCAGAACGACGACUAUAACCCCUAUCAAGGGCAGAUGGCCACCGUCGUCGGCUGGGGCCUGACCAGCAACCAGCUGUACACCUCCUCAAAGGUGCUGCUGAAGGUGUCACUUCCGGUCAACUCGAUGGACGAGUGCGUGGAGAUGUACGACCUGCCGGAAGAGAGCAAGAACAGCAUGAUCUGCACCUACCAGGUGGGCGCCAGUCCCUGCAUGUUAGACGAGGGCGGCCCGUUGAUGUUGCAGGAUGAGGACGGCAAGUGGAUGGUGGUGGGCACCGCCAGCUACUUUCAGGGCAAGGACUGCGGUGAAGUAAAACACCCCUACAUGUACGCCCACGUGUCCAUCUUCUCCGAUUGGAUCUGGGACACGGUGAAGGAGAGUGAAGAAUGA